UGGCGCCGCAGGCUGCUCGCGUCCAUGGCGUUCUCCUGGCCAUCCGCCAUCCGCCUCGCCGUCGGGGCCAUCCUGCUCUGCGCCGUCGGGGUCGCCGUAUUCACGCUCCCCGUUGAGAAGAUUUUGAAGCAUUUUCUUAUUUGGAUCAAGGAGAACUUGGGUGCAUGGGGUCCUUUGGUACUGGCCCUUGCUUAUAUUCCUUUGACGGUCUUAGCUGUUCCAGCCUCAAUACUUACACUUGGAGGUGGUUAUCUGUUUGGCCUACCUGUUGGGUUUGUUGCUGAUUCUAUUGGAGCAACAAUUGGUGCAACUGCUGCAUUUUUGCUUGGUAGAACGAUUGGAAGGCCUUAUGUUCUCUCCAAGUGCAAAGAUUACCCCAAGUUUCAAGCUGUAGCUAUUGCCAUCCAAAGAUCUGGCUUCAAGAUUGUGUUGCUACUAAGGCUUGUACCUCUACUUCCGUUUAACAUGUUGAACUACCUGUUGUCUGUCACUCCUGUUGGCAUUGUAGAAUACAUGCUGGCUUCUUGGCUGGGAAUGAUGCCAAUCACUCUCGCUUUGGUAUACGUGGGAACAACACUGAAGGAUCUAUCAGAUGUGACACAUGGGUGGAGUGAGAUCUCAACUACCAGAUGGGUUUUCAUAGUUUCUGGCUUUGUAAUGUCCGUUCUCUUGAUUAUAUGCGUCACAAAAGUUGCAAAAUCUUCUUUGGACAAGGCGCUGGCAGAGAAUGGAGAGGUCGAUAUAGGAACUUCGCAGCUUCCUGUGGUGGCCUCUCCCUCAGAUCUGCACCAACCCCUUGUGAUCAAGAUUGACUCCUCGAAUGAAGAUCACGAGAAGUAAAUCUGUUGUUUAUGGGCUUUACAUGUACAUUCUGUGGAAUCUGUAGCACUGUACUCCGUAGUUCUCUGGUUUGAGCAACACCAGGGUGGUAAAAG